AGGGAGAAAACUCUGUUGCUCACUCCGUCUCCAACUUUGAAAGGAAGUUACCACCUCUUCCCCAGACUUUGUACACGCAUGCUUAGAGAGACACACAUGCUCUUCAGGACUUCACCACAGCAGCAACAGGGAAUCAACAGAAACUGUCAGGACUGCUUGUAAUGCUCUGUGUGUGUGUGUAUGUGUGUGUGUGUUUUCUUAAAUUUGGAGGGAAAGAAGACAAAGAUCUGCAGUUUGCCAGAGGCUUUCUGUGUGGACUGAACAAUUUCAGAAGGACGUUUUUUUCUCACUGACCGGGUGGCCAAAUGAACUGUUUAGCCUGAGGACCAAAGAUCACGGGCCCUGAUCCAACAGUAAGGGAGAGAAAGAGAGAGGAGCGUGAGCAUUUUGCAUCCAUUCUCCAAUGUCUCAUCACACUAUGAGCUGGUACUGAGGGCGUGCUCCAAAGUUUCAUUUUGUGAAGGCUGUCAUGAUUCAGAGAGAAUGGCAAGACCCAGAGUGCCAUGUGCCAAAUGCGUUAUGAUGAUUCCAGAUGAAGCCAGUACUUAAAGAGGACACAGAAGAGCUUUUGUUUGACACUUGGAGACUUCAUCCCACCCACUCUGAGGCAUGUGAAUAAGUGCUGUGGUCAGUGGGUUUGACAUCCAAGUGCCGCACAGAAUGCAACACUGAAGGAAGGGUGCUUGACUUAAAGCACCUGGGAGAACAUUAAUGGGUGCGAAUAAUACAAAGCCGAGAUCGUCAUGGAUGUGAAGAAAAAGGAAAUGGACCUCCUGAGCAACAGCAUAGCUGCUUAUGCACACAUUAAAGCAAACCCAGAGAGCUUCGGCCUGUACUUUGUGCUCGGAGUGUGUUUCGGCCUGGUGCUAACGCUCUGCCUCCUGGUCAUCCGCAUCUCCUGCAAGCCACGGACCAACAUCGCCCCCUCCACGCCUGAGAAAAAACAGUUAAAGGACAUCAGCGAGGAGGAGGAGGAGAGUGACGAUGACGAAGAUGAAGAAGGGGACGAUGUAGAGGCACCGGUCCCUUUGCCCAGCACAGAAAUCCCUGUUGGUAAUCAUAGCAGCCAAUCAGAUGGAACGCUGAGUGUGAACGUAUUUACUUCAGCUGAAGAGCUGGAACGGGCACAGCGACUGGAGGAGAGGGAACGUAUCAUACGUGAGAUCUGGAGGAAUGGCCAACCUGAUAUCUUGGGGACAGGAACAGGGACUAUUGGAAGAGUGCAUUACUACUAAGAGGCUACAAGGGAAACACUGUAAACUCUGUGAAAGAGUGACAAAGACCUUUCCUAUCCCUGCAGCCUGCAAGACUUGAGAAUCUUAGAUACAAAAUGGAAAUAGGACAAACAGUGAUGUGCCACAUUUGAUAUACUUGGCUCUGACAGAGCUGAACUUUGAGAUAUUGCACUUCUUAUGAAGCAAUGUUAUUUUCAACUGACUACAUGAACUUACACCACAAGGCUGAUUAAUCCAUAUGGACAAGAGAUAAUAUGAAAGUGGGAGCUGAUGGACACUUGAAGGAAUCAGUCUAUUAAAAUGAAUGGUGCUUAAGGACAGAAAUGCACACAACUAGGUUUAUGUAGGCUAUGUAAUGGCUGAAGAAGGAAAGCAUAAGGACAAUGUAUGUACUGUAAGUUGCAGAGAAGAUUAUUGGUUUGCAGUGAAAAGGAAAAGGAAAUUACAUUGAACAAACAAGUCAAUCAAUUAAAAUUGGAGUCUUUAAUUUAUAAGUACGUUAUCCAUGUCUGUGUUUUCAGGGAUAAUUCCACCAGAGGAAAUGACAGAAUCAAAGUAUUAAGCUGAAACAAUUUACUGUUGUUUCUCUUCAUAAUGGUCAAAUGUCAGAGAAAUAUACAACAGAGCUCUUCUUCUCCAUACCUCUCAGCAAUGGGAAAAAAAACAACAAAAAACUGAAAAACAAAACAAAACAAAAAACAAAACAAAAAACAAAAAACAAAACAAAAAACAAAACAAAACAUAAAGUCUACUUUUAUCUGUAUGAUUAAAGGAAAGGUCAUUCUUUGUCAUUUGUUGUUUCUGCUCAAUGUCUCAGUCUUAAACCGUUAAAAAAAUGCAGUUUUAUAAUAAAAUUUCUGGGAACUCCAACACAGUCUUGUGACGGCAGAUGUUUGUACACGGCUCUGAUGGAGUCGGGGUUGUAAAGGGAUGUUCUGAUAAUGUGUAUAAGAUAACUUUGAAUGAAAAUAUUUCUGUUCCUCUUUUUUAAAAAAAAUGGGAAAAUUUGGAAUGCGGUCACAUGGACAACUCCGUACCGGAAGUAACGCCCCCUUUUACAGGCGGCCAGUUUAAUCAGGAACGCCGUGGCCUCACCUGUAAGCACCUGCUCAGUCGUCUGCUGCUUCUGCUGGAUUUUGUAGACAAACCUACAAGCUAAAAGCUCAACCAUGUUACUUAAAGUCGGUUUUAUGGAUUAAAAUUCCGUAUUUGCGUUGCAUCCCCGCUGUUGGUAAUAGUACCUGUCCCCCAACGCCACUUCAAGCCGGAAGUCAGAGUUUUCCCUCGCCUGCGAACUUGGGACCACAUAACAAAGCUAAGUACGAGUUGUUUAUUCUAACGUGUAUUGUGAAAGAUGUCUUGGCUCUGUUGAUUUGCUUUUCUGUGCUUGGCAAUGAUUAUAGCCACAGAAGCAGUGAGAUUCUGUGGGUUGCUUAGUUGGUUGGUCCACUAGCUACUGGAUGGAUUGAUUAUAAAUUUUCCUUUAGACGUUUAUGUUUAUGUCCCCGCCCCCUCAAAGAUGAGACAGACAACAGUAAGUCCUUUUCCUUCAGCCCCAUGAUUGACGUUUUUUGGUUCUGAGUAAAUAUCUCAGCAACUUUUACAUGAACUGACUCCAAGUUUGGUACAGACAUCCAAGGUUCCCAGACAUUGCAGUCCCCUGAUUCUUUUUAUACCACCACCAGUGCUUUGACAUUUUUGGCUCUAAGUGAAAUGUCUUGACAAUAAUUUCAAAAAUUUGACACAGAAGUUCAAGCUCAUGCUCCCCAUGGAUUGCAGUAACUUUAGUGAUCCCCUGACUCCUCAUCUAGUUCCACCAUUCAGUCAGAAUUUAGAUUUUUCCUACUACUUUGCUUUGUUUGCAAAUACCUGCUAAUGACAUUCCCAUUGGUCUCAGCUGUUUUUGGUGCUUGGUGCUAAAUACAGAUAAUAGGAAACACGCUAAACAAAGAUGACUGCAAAAAAAUCAUCAUUAACUUUGGCAUUGGCAACUAACUGACAAUAGCAUUUAGCCCAAAGCACAAAGUAUAGAAUUGCUAGUGUGGCUAUAAACUUUUGUUAACGUCAGUCUGCUUACCUGGCUGUCUUUUUGCCUUGUCUUGGAGUUUGCUGGCUGCUGAUUUGUGCUCUUUGCUGUUUACACUGUAUUUGCUGGCUGCUUUUUUGCUCCUGCGCUAUUGAUUCUCCUACUGUUUGUCCUCGAUGCUGUUAAUAUUUGUGUAUUUGCUGGCUGAAUUUUCUCUUAUCCUGUUAAUGCUGAAUGUGCAGGCUGCUAAUAUCUGUUCCUAUGCUGUUGUCAUGCUGGCUGCUAAUUUCUUCUUCUUGUGAAUGGCUUUCCUGCAGUGGUUGAUCAGAUUUUUCUUUUGGUUCUUCAGCAUCUGCAAUAUGAUGUUUUCAUGAUUUGAUUUAUGCAGUAGUGAUGCUUGAUAUUCGUGUUUGAAUAUUGUGUUUAUUAGGCUGAAUUGGUUUUGCAACGUCCUUUUAUUGUUCUGAUUUAUGAAGUUUGCUGACAGCUCACUGUACUGACUUUACUGUACUGUAUCUAGUAGGGUAUUAUUCUACUCUGGCUUCAGGGAUGUAAACAUGACUGUGACCAAAGGUCAUUAAAUUCAUGAUCUUGGCUUCACAGGAAACUCAACAUGGCUUUUGUCAUACUGAAAAUAGGUAGCCAUUUGCACAUUUUCUUCAGAUACAGUAGGUUAAUUUUAGAGAAAUAUCUCUGUGCACUGACUGCUUGCUUUACUGUUUUUCUCCACUGCUGCUUCCUCUAUGAGUGCAUUGCUUCUUUCUAUCCAUGUACUGAUGGCAUAACAUUAUUUACACGUCUCAGUUUGCUAGAUUAUAUUUCUUGAUUGGAGAAGCUUUGCUUGUUGGCCAUACUGGUACCUGCCCCACAGAAAGACAGUGCUCACUAUGUUCGCUUUGUUGUCUGUGGUGUAGAGGAGGAAUAGUCUGCAAAAAGUAGACUCCACAUAAUAGAUGGUGUAAGUCUCUGUGUCUAAUGUGGUUUUGGGGGAGGAGGAGUGUGUUA